AGCUGAGCCACUACAGCCACAAUUAGAAAUGUGUCCAGUGUUUCCGAAAAGAGUCUCCGGGCCGUCCGGGCAACGCAGCCCACCUAAUCUUUCACAUUAAAUUGAAUUACCUAGGUAGGUACGCACUACACGAUCCUAUUACGGUAAGCCCCAAGCAAGGGGUCAGGACAAUCGAUCUAAUCCGGGUUCAGGGGCCUUAAUAGCAAUGACCAAUCAGAUUACCCCACUGCACAUCAGCCUUAGACCUUUUUUUUCUUGAUUGACAGAGCCUCGAAAUUUCAACCUCAAACUAAAACUAGAAUCCCCCACGCUGUCACCACUUCUUUCUCACACCUUCGCAUUGCAUUAGUCGGGAUUGGGGGCCCUAUACUGGGGGUGCGAACCAGACAAGAUGAUUCAACUCAAGACGAUGCUUAAUUGCAUCGACAAUUCGGGCGCCGCCUUAGUCGAAUGCGCCCUCGUUAUCGGCCAGAAAAGAGCUGCGACCAUCGGUGACAGAAUAGUAGCCAUCGUUCAAAAACAGCGCGGUGCCAGCGACGCCGGUAUGAGUACAGCCUCGGCCACGAAUAAAGUCAAGCGCGGCGACAUCCGACACGCGAUCAUCGUCCGUACCCGAAAACAAGUCCAGCGACCCGACGGCAGCGUCGUCCGUUUCGGUGACAACGCAUGCGUCCUUGUCAACAAGGCCGGAGACCCUGUCGGCACACGUGUGAACGGCGUGGUAGGGUCUGAAUUAAGGAGACGAGGUUGGAGCAAGAUAUUGAGCAUGGCACCAGCUCACGCAUAAACGAUAUACAUAGUAGGAGGAAAUAUUUAAGUACUUGCACAUAUUAAAACACGACGUGUCAAUGCCGUAUAUGAUAUUCUCGAAGUUCUAAAUAGAAUUGGGGAAUGCGGAUGAAUAUCGACGGAUAGAAAUUGUACGACUCAUGUACCAUACCAAGCGCGCAUGUAACAGGCAUUGAGAGGGUGUAUCGGCGUUCUAGCCAUUAGCUUGUGCCCGAUGUCCAGGAUCGUGGACUAUUCUGGCGAUCGAAUCUACAAAAUCCCCACGGUACUACUAUACGUUCCUAACAUGCUUCUCACUUGUACUCGUAACACGGUUGCAUUCUAGGUAUAUCAGUCGUCAUGAAGUGACUACAGCUGCACAAUAGAUCAAGCAAGUACAACC